AAUACCUUCAAGCCAUUUGAAGAAUCUCCACAUUCAAAAGUGCUCAUUCCAGACUUUGCUGUGGUUUUCCCCCUCCGCCCCUGGCCGGACCACGCAGGUAGAGCAGGGGGACUCCAUAGUUGGCCUGGACCAUGAGCUAUGAGUCUACCGUCUGGAACAUCCUACCAGAAAACUCCACUGAGGUGCCGCUCGAGACGGAGGAGCAGCAAGAUGGCUACGUGCUUCUCCUGGUGAUCUUGUCCAUCUUCCUGGUGGGGACGUUGAUCUUCGUCUCCAUCGUCCUCAUCACCUGCCGCCGCUGCUGCCGAGGAGGAGGUCAAUGCUGUGACAGUGGCAGCGAUGAUGGCGAGAAAACCACCGCUACAUACACGGAGGAGUCUCAGCCCACCCAUGAAAUCACUAUCAGGGUGGAUGAGUCCGACUGCCUGUCAAUGGCUAGCUCUCAUGACCAGGAGACAGAGCGCUUCCUUUCUACGGGAACCAUGGGCCGACGUGUUUCCUUCAAUGAGGCGGCGCUAUUUGAUCACGGCAAGAAGGCCCAGGAGAAGGGUCGCAGAUACACUCUGACUGAAGGAGACUUUCACCACCUUAAGAACGCGCGGCUAACGCACCUCCACAUUCCGCCCCCGGCGCUCAAGAUAGUCACCAUCCAUGAGUGCGACUCGGCGGAAAACACCAUCGCUAUGACAACGCGCCCCGUCGCCAAGUCGGCGCUCUCUAUCUUCCAGCCCAUGCUGUGUCCCCUGCCGCAAACUGCACUGACCAGCUUGAGCCCCAAUUCCAGCUCUGCUCUCCCUGGAGACACCCUCAAUUCAACUGUGGUGGACGCCAGUUUUAGUCCUUCUGCUAAGACUAACGGAGGGUCGAUGGAGAUGAUCGCAGGAGGGUCCCGGGGCCGAGGAAGCAGCUUGAGCACGGGAGGAGGGACAGCCCCCGCCACCACCGUCCCUCCUGUGAGCAGCGGUCCAGGAAGCCAAGGCACGGUACAGCAGUUCUUCACAAAACUACGGCGCCACGCAAGUCUGGAGGGCGCCAGUCCCUAUUUCAAAAUUAAGAAAUGGAAGCUGGACAGCAACCAGAGAGCUUCAAGUCUGGACAUGAGAGGCUCACCGAAGCGAAGGCAAUUCCAGCGUCAACGGGCCGCCAGCGAGAGCAUGGACCAGGACGACACACACCACAUUGACCUCAUCCAGUACAUCGCCCGCAGUCAAGACAUCGGCUAUUGUCCCGGCCGGCCCGUGCUCCCCGCUCCGUCCGCACCGCCCCCUUCCCUCGGCAGGGUAGAGGUAGAGGUGAUGGUGGAGCCCAUCUGCAGCCAUACCGGACCAGGGGUGAUUGGCUUGUCCCCUGAUCCCCAAGAUGAAGCUCUUUCCCUGGGGACAAGGGAAAGCUCUGAGCCUCUGGCGCUUCAGGAUCCCCAGACACUUUACCGAGACAUUUGGACCUUACGUGCAUCACUAGAACAAUACGCUGCCUCUGACCAUAGCAGCAAUAACGAUAGGAACUCUGUUUGCAGCGAUGCUGACAGCGUGUGUACAGAAAAAGAAAAGGAAGAGCUCCCCAGCUUUUCAUCCCAGGAUUUAGGAGAUGAGCCAGAAGGUGUCGAGGAUAACAAGGAGUCUUUGGUGUACAUAGAUGAGACGCUGGGGGAAAAGAGUGUAAGAAGUCGGAAACAACAAAGUACCGAAUCGGAGCGAGGCGGGAGCGAUGGUGAAACGUCUACGCGGAAAUUGCUGCAAAUGGACAGUGGCUACACUUCAAUAGAGGCCCCUUCUCGUGGUUCUGAAGAUUUGCGGAUGUUUGGAAGCAGCAGUCCGAAGGAGAGAACGGCCCAUGAGAAGAGGAAUCGUUUCACCAAGGCGGGAAAAUCUGGCACGAUUGGUGAGAGCUUUGAGUCGCACCUCUAUGAAGAGGAGCCAGACGAGCAAUUGCUGGGCGCCAUUGGGGGAGUUUCCACAGAAACCGAUGUUGGUCCACAGAGUUGGUUUCCAUACGGUCAGAUGAUCACCCCACGGGACGCCUCGCACCCUCCAGCUCAACCCGCAAGCCUUCAUCAGAGAGACUACAGCAUCGAUGAAAAAACCGAUGCGCUCUUCCAUGAGUUUCUCCGUCAUGACCCUCAAUUUGACCAGCAGGAGUCGCCGCUGAAGAAACAUCGCUCUCGAAUCCAUCUUCGAAAGCAGUGGCAGCGGCACAAACAGUGGAGCGACCCCGGUGUCAGACACUUCCAUUCCUCUUUCGAGAGACAACGAACUCCACUACGAAGGGGUGACAGUGUUAACUGCCCGAUGGAAACCAGUUACCAUAGCAUGCUCCCCCGCAUUGUCAGCGCACCGGACGAGGAGACCAGCGACGGCAGCACCCCUGAAACUCCAAAGAUAGAAACCACAGCUAGCGACGUUGCAGAGAAAGGUUCCACCGAAGACCAGAUAUCAUCAACGCAUCUUCAACCAUCCGUCCCUGACAAAGACGAAGGGCAGAGUGAACGUCCAGAGACUCAAGACGACAGCAAACCACCCGGACACCCCUUAGAACCUUUCGACGAGCGGUCACCCAUUCAACCACCGGACUCCUCUGGCUACGGCCCACAAACCAUCACGGCAGAACUCACGGACAAACUGACCGCUACUCUAGACGAGAGGCUCUACACGAGCCUUCGAAGGACCAAGGACACUGCGACUGAGUGUUUGACGGUGACGGCUACCCAUGUUUCUCCAGACCACAGUCCAGUGUAGCUCCAUUCGUCUUCACGGUCCAGCCCAUAGCUGCUGAUUCAUGGCUCACUUUUGAUGAUUCACAAUGAAUUUCAAAUCAGAUGAACGAACCAACCAGACGGUACAGUUCAGUUUGGUUUGUUUUGGUAAUGUUUGGUACAAUAAACGUUUAUUUGGACAGAUUAUUCGAAUGUUACCCGUAAUUAAAGAGUCUGGUGCUGCAUGCAUAUGCAAAUGAGGCAAUUGCUAUUCACGGUAGUUUUUUAAUGGAACCAUUUUUUGUCUUCCGUUGUCACACAGACGUUACGAGCAUCUGUGAAGCAAUCAGAUGGCGGUGUGUAGCUCCACCCUGGUACUAUCGAACAAUUCCGAACUUUUUUGUAACAACUUUGAGGGUUGAAAUCUCAAAACAGAGCAUCAUACUAAAUUGAAUCAAACUGUAUCGCUUGGUGGUAAUUUAAAAGUCUUAGUUUUCUCAUUUUCUAGGUCAUUUGUGAAAUUAUUUGAGUCGAAGGUACGGUGAACAUUCUUUUUUUCUGUUCCUGUCUUUUAGAAAGUAAUGUUAUGUUAUGCUAAUCCGCUAUGUGGCAAGUAAAGUGGUACAUGUGUACACUAAACUGUAACAAAAUAAUAUUAUAAAUUAAGUUAUUUUAUAUCUAUUUAUAUGAUUUAUUUUCAUUCAACAGGAGUUUACCUUUAAAAAAUGUGUUUCAUAGACCCAAAUAUAGAAUAUCUUCCGGCAUGGCGUUUCAAGUUAAGCUAGUUGAUCGGAUGACUAGUUUCCCUAAUCAUUAGUUGGGACUCUCACAUUCUUUCACUGGGUUUGUACUUUAUGUAAACUGACACGAGUCACAAGUAUCAGUUGCAUUUGAAAACACUGACAUUUUCCAUGGCUAGCUAGCUAGCUAUCAAACGCACAGAAAAACACUGGAUCUUUUUCAAUACAUGGUGUUCCGAUAGAAUAGUUUAGUUUGUAAACCCUCUCAGAAUCUUCUUCAUUGUUGUUAUUCAUAAGUAGCUAAAUAUAUUUUUGUAUGUGCUUUGCGUGUGAACGUGAUAGACAUGCCAAUCCGGUUUUUUAAACAACACAGGACUGUACUGUAGGGUCUAGUCCUGGUCUUGUGGAAGUUUGCAGUUUUUGUGUUAGCAGAGAGAUAAAAGUCCUCGCUCUCACCACGGAUGUUUGUAGUUUUUGCUGGAUGUCUCUGAAAGGCAUGACUUCUUGUGCAUGCGGCUCAACAGAAAGGACUUCAUUUGCCUUGCAUUUGACAUCUUUGGUUUUCCCGUCGGCGUCUACUCGUCUACUCCUGAGAAAGAUGCCAGCAGAUCAGAAGCCUGCCAACUUACAAUGCACCCAAUAGCCAAUCUUUUUUUUUUUGCUCCUUGAUCGCUUUGUUUGAAUCUAAGCCUGUUUUGAUGAUAGCACACGAUUCCCCGAGGGGUUUCCUGACUCAUGAGCGGAGAAGGGAGCCUCUGCAGAGCGUGGUGUUGAAUAUAAAUUUUAACAGCAGAGGGGAAGCCCUCGUUUUUAGUCUCCAUUUCUUUUUGAGUCUGUUGCAUCGUGGUGCAUUUGCAGUUCAGAUCUGACGGAUUCCCUGAAAGUCAAGAUUCAGCAUGUUGGUACUUAAAUCAUCAUUUUGGUUAUGCUAAUAAAAACGAAUCACGUUCUACUGAAUUGAACGCUCACAUGAACAGAUGAGUGUUAACUGCAAGUGUUUGCUAUGAGGUAGAGUUUUUGAUGAAAAUAUUGUGGGCCAUUGGCUGACGACCAGUUUAGGGUGUAGGGUAAAAUCAAUCCCAAGAUUUGACUGUUUACAAUAUUGGAUAAUAUACUGCAGAGAUUAAAUAAAUCUUACUGAGAGUUGUGUUGUUGUUUGUGAGUGAAUGUAUUUUGAGAAGUGAAAAAUAGCCGUCCUGGCAACUUCCUGUUCGUGACAUGCCAAGACUUCCAUGUAAUCAAAAGCCCUUUAGACAUUUCGAAUGCGCCACUUUGAAAAACUGUUGUCACCAGUAAAAUGGCAGAAUGUAAACGCAACACAAUUAAUCCAUCAUGUGACAUGUACCUUACAAUGUUUUCAGUCAUUCCUGUGUUGCAUCUUUACAUGAAAUCUUUCAUAAACCCAAAGUAAAAAUAAAAUUGUGAUUGUUUUCUUGGA